AUGGCUCCCCGGGCGGUGUGGGUCCUGGUCGCACUGUCCGGUCUCCUGAACGCGCGCUCCUGCUGGGCUUAUACCUGUCCGACCAUCUGCCGCUGCAGCACCGACACCUUCCAGUGCAGCAGAGACACUCAGAUGGCCUCUCGGGUGAGAUCAGCAUCCGUGUUCCGACUAAGGCUCACCCUGCUGCCCUUGAAAGAAGUUCCCACUCAUGCGUUCAGAGAACUGAUCAACAUUACAUUAAUUGAGAUUUCCCAAAGCGACUCCAUCACACGGAUACAGAGGCAUGCCUUCCUGUCUCUCCACAGCCUGGCUCAAAUUUUUGUGCAGAAUGUCAAUAGUUUGCAGUCUAUUGAAAAGGGUGCCUUCACUGACCUGCCAAAGCUGGAGUAUUUGAGCAUCAGUAACACAGGGAUAAUACACUUCCCCGACUUCAGCACUGUCUCCUCCUUGGCAAACAUUAUUCUAGACAUGGCAGACAACAUGAGGAUCAACACUAUUCCUGCCAAUUCUUUCCAGGGCAUUACAGGGGAGUACAUUUACAUGAACCUGGUUAGAAACGGUUUCAAGGAAAUAAGAUCUCACGCAUUCAAUGGAACAAAGCUGAACACAUUAAAUUUAAGAAACAACAGGUAUCUGAGUAGCAUAGAAGAAGAUGCUUUUGAAGGAGCCACAGGACCAACCUCUCUGGAUGUUUCCUCCACAGCUUUGAGUUCCCUCCCCCAUAAAGGGCUGAGGGAGGUGAAGUUCCUGAAAGCCAGCUCAGCCUUUGCUCUGAAAACCCUCCCUCCACUAGAAAAUCUGUCUGAACUGCGAGAGGCUGAACUCACGUACCCGAGCCACUGCUGUGCCUUCCACACAUGGCUCCGGAAACAAAGGAAGAGUGCCUUUCAGAACUUCACAAGGCUUUGUGAUCUGAGUGAAACAGACAUAGAUCCCACUGCAGAUGGUGAGAACAGUAUUAAUCCCAUCAACUUUCAGUACGACCUGGGAUUGGAUUGCCCCAACAACCCCUUCGUGAAGUGCACACCGAAGCCUGAUGCUUUUAACCCUUGUGAGGACCUGCUGGGGUUCCCCUUUCUGCGCUGUCUCACCUGGAUAAUAACCAUUUUUGCUGUGGCCGGUAACGUGGCUGUGCUGUUCAUCCUGCUCAUUAGCCACCAUAAGCUAACCAUCUCCAGAUUUCUCAUGUGUAACUUGGCCUUUGCCGACCUGUGCAUGGGGCUGUACCUGAUGCUCAUUGCGUUCAUGGACUUCCACUCUCGUCAGGAGUACUACAACCACGCUACAGACUGGCAGACAGGGCCAGGAUGUGGCAUCGCGGGGUUUUUGACAGUGUUUGCCAGUGAGCUGUCAGUGUAUACGCUGACAGUGAUUAGCCUUGAACGCUGGCACACCAUCACCAAUGCCAUGCAUGUAAAUAAGAGGCUGCGGAUGCAUCAUGUGACAGCCAUGAUGGGGGCAGGCUGGGGCUUCUCUCUGCUGGUUGCUCUGCUCCCUCUUGUGGGGGUCAGCAGCUACAGCAAAGUGAGCAUUUGUCUGCCCAUGGACAUUGAGUCUCUGGGUUCUCAGGUUUAUAUUGUGGCUGUGCUUAUUCUCAAUGUUGUUGCUUUCUUAGUAGUGUGUUACUGUUAUGUAUGCAUUUAUCUAAGUGUCCACAAACCAGAGCACUCGACACGCAACGGAGACACAAAGAUUGCCAAACGCAUGGCUGUGCUCAUUUUCACCGACUUUGUCUGCAUGGCGCCGAUCUCCUUCUUCGCCAUCUCUGCAGCGCUGCGUAUGCCCCUUAUAACAGUUUCACACUCCAAGAUCCUGCUUAUCCUUUUUUAUCCCAUAAACUCCCUUUGCAAUCCUUUCUUGUACACCAUCUUCACGCGAGCCUUCAGGAAAGACGUGUGCCUGCUGCUCAGUCGCUGUGGCUGCUGCCGCGCAAACGCCGACUUCUACAGGUCACAAACACUGGCCUCACACCUGACAUGUGCCCAAAAAACAUCCAUCAGAAAGCCUCACUCACUUAGCUUCUACGCCUAUCAUAUUAAGAUGAAGGGCUGCUUCCUAAACAAAGGCGCUACAUGA